AUGGCAAACCAUGGACCGAGCUACGGGCUGAGCAGAGAGCUCCAAAAGAAGGUAAGCUUUUCUUACUGUAUGUCUGCGGGGUGAUUCCACUAGAAGCCAUAAAAUAACAAUUGCCCCGUUAUCGGUUCGCCUCGAAAGAGAAAGUUGGUGAACGAACAAGUUUUCAUCAAAAUUGUUGAUUCAGAAUGAUGCUCGUUUCGUGCUCGAAGAAGCUAUCGAGGUGCUUACCUGGAUUGAGAACAUUACUGGUGAACGCUUCUCGUUUGACGUCACUACAUGCGAAUCCUCCACGGAUGUCAGCAACCUUCUGAAGGACGGAUUGAUGCUCUGUAAGCUCAUAGAAAAGCUGGAACCAUCUGGUCGAGUCGUCUACAACAAGAAGCCGAAGAUGCCAUUUCACAUGGUUUGCCAAACGCUUUUCUGACAAGCAUUUUGAUUGUUUCUGCUGUUUGCAGAUGGAAAACAUCUCUAACUUUUUGGCGGCUAUAAAAAGCUUCGGAGUGAUGGAGAUAAGCUGCUUCCAAACUGUUGACCUUUACGAGAACAAACAGUGUUAUAAAGUGAGCCGUUGAAUUUCCAAUACGAUUAAACUUUUUAAAAUUUCAGGUCAUUGAGUGCCUCCGUCUACUGGCCGCUGUUGCUCAGAUGCGCACCCCUCAUCUGGAGCACCCCGCAUGGGUCGUGAAGUUGGCGCAGUCGAGCCCUCGCCAGUUUCCAGAGGCUGUUAUGCGACGAGGAGCAAUGGUUAUUCCACUGCAGUACGGUACCAACAAGUGCGCUUCUCAAAAGGGAAUGUCUCCGUACGGACUAGCCAGACAGAUCAAGCCGGACCCGCAUGGGUAA